AUGAUGCUUCAAUGGAGUGAGCUGAGAAAUGUAUCUGAUCGUGUGGUAUGGGAUAUGUUUCCUUAUGCACUUGUUUGGACGAUUUGGUUGGAACGCAAUGCAGUGACUUUUAAUAAUAAAGAAUUCAGUGUACAGUAUAUGUGGGACUUGCAUAUUGCAAGAGUAGCUUGGUGGGUGAAGGCGUCUUGGAAGAGUUGUCCUUAUAGUGCAGUUCAUUUUGCACAAGGACCACAAUUUGUUUAUCUGCCAAAGCCGGUAAAAACACGAAUACAGCAGCAGUGGAAACCACCGGCAGAGCCAAUCCUAAAACUUAAUGUGGAUAGCUCUUCUUUAGGAACGCCAGGACGCAGUGGCGUCGGAGGGGUGUUGAGGAAUCAUCGUGGAAUGAUGGUGGGAUACUUUGCUCUUCAUGUGGAGGAUAUGUGGGCGUAUGAGGCAGAGGUGCAUGCUAUUUAUCAGGCUCUUUUGUUUUCUGAACAAUUCAAAUUUAAAACAUUGGUUAUUGAAAGUGACUCGACGCUUGCGGUGGGGUGGGUUGCAAAUAGAGGGCGAAGACCGUGGAAAUUGUUUCAAAUUUUGAGCAAAAUUGAUCAUCUUAUGCAGCUGGUGAAUUGUUUAAGUGUGACUCAUGUGCUGAGGGAAUGUAAUGGGGUUGCGGAUAUUCUAGCAAAAAGUGGCAGGGAUGGAAGUGUAGUGGCAUGGCAAGUGUGUGAUGAAGGGACACCUUUUACUAUCACUGGAGGGUUAUAG